AUGCCGCACGCCUCGUUCUUCCCCACGGCCAAGGAGGUCUCGAGCGGCGUGCAGUGGUUCAAGGACCACCCGGUGCUGGCCGCCGCGGCCGCCACCGCCGUCUCCGUCAUCACGUACCUCAACGCGCUCGAGCUGCCCGAGGCCGCGGCGGCCGCCGAUACGCGGAGGAAGCCGCCGCCUCCCGCGCGCCGCAGAGGCUCGCCGUCGCUCUCGCGCAAGGGCUCGGGCGCCGCCAGCGACGGCAAACUGUCGGCCGCCGUGAGCUGGUGCGACGAGCACGGCGGCAGCCUGACGCAGGUGUUCGAGGACGACGCGCCGCCCGUCGCCAGGCGGGGCCGAAGGCUGGAGGACAGCGACAGUGACGACGAGGCGCGGGACGACGUGGCCGAGCGGUUCGAGGACGGCUUCCGGCAGCACCGGGCGCUCACGGACGGACUGCGCAAGAGCGUGACGACGCAGCAGCUGGACGCGGCGGUGGGCGCUGCAGUGUUAAACGACUCCGAGGCGGAGGCGGCGCAGACGGAGAGCCCGCAGUGGGGCUGGUAUGUGCCCAUCACGCCGCCGCAGGACCAGUUCCACCCGGCGGGAGCGGGACGGGAAUCCGCGGUGGUGGUGCCUUGCCGUCAGGAGCAGCUUGUGGACGAUCCUGUGGCGUCGCUCGCGGUGAAAAGCAUGCGACGCACCACGUCGGGGCAGAUCCCGUAG